AUGCCUGCACCCACCGCCCUCAAGAAGGUGCAGGAUGCCCCGCCUGCCACCGACAUCCCGCUUCCCGAAGUCGACCUCGACGAAGACCUUCUCCUCGAAACCGGCGAUACCCUGCCGGCCCUGGAUGUUAUGAUUGUGGAUGCCGAAGCCAUCGAGACCGAAGAUGCUAUCGACGAAGAGGGUCGUCCCAAGUUCGCUCCCGCUAAGGAUCUCUCCGUAGCAGCCCGAGUCCAGAGCCGUCAGGUCCGCAUACCACCCCACCGAAUGACGCCCCUCAAGUCCCAGUGGCCGCGCAUCUACCCUCCCCUGGUAGAGCACCUAAAGCUCCAGGUCCGCAUGAACAUCAAGCGCAAGGCCGUCGAGCUCAGGACCAGCAAGCACACGACCGACCCCGAGGCAAUCCAGCGGGGCGUCGACUUCCUUACCGCUUUUGUGUGCGGCUUCGAGACCGACGACGCGAUUGCCCUCCUCAGAUUAGACGAUCUCUAUAUUGAAACCUUCGAGGUCAAGGACGUAAAAACCUUGCAGGGUGAUCACCUGGCCCGAGCUAUCGGCCGUAUUGCCGGAAAGGACGGCAAGACCAAAUUUGCGAUUGAGAACGCUACGAGGACUCGUAUCGUCCUUGCCGAUACCAAGAUCCAUAUCCUUGGUGGAUACAAGAACGUCCAGAUCGCCCGCGCCUCCGUGUGUAACCUCAUCAUGGGCAAGCAGCCCGGCAAGGUCUACAACUCGCUCAGGGCCGUGGCUGCGAGGAUGAAGGAAAGGUUCUAG